CCGUUGCUUAUGAUGCAACCGUAAUGUCAUCUCUGCUUUCUCAAGCCCGGAUGAUAUUGUCGUGUAUUUUUAAAGAAUAUUAAACUAUCCAAAACAAUAUGUAUACCGGGAUUUCGAUUGUGGACCGACUGAGGAUACUUGUCGUUGUCACAAUGGGAUGUUAUGUUUUAUCACUCAGUGGCGCUUUUGGCUUUCCUUCCGUCUUGCGAUCAAAGAAGGACCUCGAAGAAGUAGUGCCUUAUCUGGAUGAUUUAUUGAAAGCCAACGAUUUGCGCGCUUUACUGCGCCAGAAACGGGAUGGCUAUGGAGCUUCCGUAGGCAUCAGUGGUUACGGAGCUUCCGUAGGGAGCCGUGAGGGUGGAGCGUACGCCGCCGGAAUGUCACCGACGAUGAUUGCUAUGCUAAUCAAUGCUAUCAACCAAGCCCUUGCUCAGUCAGCUACUACUCCCGCAGCUUCAGGCGGUGGGGAUAAUCCGCCACCUGCAAGCGCUAAUUCCGGUGCAUCUCCGAACACAGCAGCAUUAAUCAACAGUUUACUUCCACUUUUGAUGAAUCCUUACGGUGGAAGUCCGUAUGGGGGAUAUCCCAUUCGCGGUGGUGAUAACGAUGACGAUCCCAAUGCGUUUCUACAUUCCGCCGACAUAGUCCGAUCUAUGGCACAAUAAAGCUAGCACAGCUGGCAUAACGUGAUCUAACAAUUGUAAGCGGAAGAGGAUCCACACGAACGACUAUAAAGUGAUUUCAAUUUUAAUUUAUACUUCAAGUUCAAGACGAUGAUGCGCCUUAAACUGCAACCACUUUUUAUUUCGAGUUUCUUGUGGAUCUGCUCUACAUCUCCCUAAUUUUAAAUAUUAUUCUGGAUUUUGCAAGUAAAGAAAACAGUAUGGCUGCUCAUGUAAUUAGGUGUCGGGUGUUGAAUUAGCGUGAGUAGAACAAUCUGGGCUUUCUUGUAAAACCACAAUAAACCAAUGUGAUGAAUCAGGA